AUGGCAGAGACUCACCAGGCAGAAAUAGCGCAUUUGCCGUCGGUAUUUUUGGGAUUCAAUCUUGUGUUGUUGAUAUUUUUGAAUCUUCAAACUUUCGGUGAUGCGCUAGACUUUUGUUUUGAUGGAUCGGAGGAAGAAUCCGUUAGAUCCAACUCCAUCGAGCUUCCCGACAGGACAACAAUUAACAAUGACAUACUCAAGAAGAAGAGACUCACUGGCAGCGUUAAAGAUUGCAAGAUACCGGGCAGUAAAAGAAAGACAACAAGAAGAGAAGACAACAUCUUGGUUCGAAAAAGCAAAGCUGAUCGCUUUAAAACCGCUCCCGAGAUUAAAGCAGAGAUGCAAAAUGAGCAUGGAGUCAAUAUCUCUGUUUCCACCACCCAACGAAGUGAUUGUCGGGUGUAUGUCAGGAGAAUGGUUGGCGAGGAUCUCAAGGAAUAUUGUGUACAACCAACGGUAAAACAUGGUGGUGGCGGAAUAAUGGUAUGGGGAUGCAUCGAUUCAAGGGGAACUGGAUGUCUCUCUAUGGUGAACGGUAGGCUUAACGGGUCAUGGUACAUUUCUGUCUUGGAGAAUGCACUUCUUCCCACAACUCACAUGUUGGCUAUGCCUGAUGGCUGGGUAUUUCAGCAAGACAAUGCCACUUGCCAUACCUCAAGGGUAGCAAGGAAUUGGUUUGAGGAAGAGGAAAUUACAGUCAUGGAGUGGCCAGCACGAUCACCAGAUCUCAACCCGAUAGAAAAUCUGUAG